AACUUUGAUUGAUUGAGAAAUAUGUCUGAUCAUUUAAAAUAUUGUAAUAUUAGUGAUUCAUCUGUUGAAAUCAAUACAGAAGAUUAUACUGACAUUAAUAUUGAAGAAAAGAAGGGUGAUGAGCUUCUCAUCGAAUUAUACAGAGAACGUACAUUUUUAUACGAUAAAAGUAAUAUUAACUUUAAAGAUUGUUUAAUGAAGCAAAAUGCUUGGCUUGAGAUAUCUAAAAUAAUGACUCAAAUUUGUGGUGACAUGUAUAAUCCUUCGUACUGCCAAAAAAGGUGUACCACAUUAAGAGACCAAUACAAUAGAGAAAAAGAAAGAUUGAAAUUGAAUCCAAAAGUGGAAGUGGUGCUACUAAG